AUGAAAAUGAUGAAAACAAUGAAGAAGCUCAAGUUCUGGUCCAGGAAAAAGAAGAAAAAGAAGACCCAUCUCAUCACUGACUAUCCACCCCCUCCCUGCCAUUGUCACUGUUUAUGCCACCCAAUUCAGCCCUCUGCUCCGCCCCUACCAUCGUGGCUCGAUUACGAGCUGACCCAUGACACCAUUUUUACGCCUGAGGCAGGUUCUGUGUCAAGUUUAGCUGGUUUGAGUCAAGUUGAUUUUGCUCCACAAGACAUUGUUCAUGAGGUGAAUCCAGUUAACCCAACGUUGUCUUAUUGCAACACUUCUUAUCAGCAGUAUAUGGUUCCAAAUCCUGUGUAUGGUGUUCCUGUUGUGUCUGAAGUUAGGAGAGAAAGAUCUGGUGGAAUCUUCGGAUGUGUUUUUGACAUUGGUGUCCAUUUGAUCCGUUGUUUCUGUCCCUGCUUUCGCAUUCGAGAAGUUUACUGA